AUGGCAGCUGAAUCGAACACUGGGUUUCCCCCCGGCCAGACUUUGGGCGCUGCACUUAAUCGACAUGCUAUAUCGUUUCAAUCGGGUGCGAUAAACAGCACUUCUGAAAUGAUUCCUAUGGGAAAUUACUAUGGGCAUGGGGUAAAUAGUAUGGGGGGCAUGACGUUUUCUGGGAAUUCAAGUAUUAUGAAGAACAAUUCAGGAAUUGCGACAGAAGCUGGGAAUUCCUCUCCUCUUCUGCUGGAUUCCAUGCCAGGGCUCAAGCACGAUAGGGGUUUCGCUGUGGAGUGGUCUGUUGAGGAACAGUACAAGUUGGAGGAAGACCUUGUCAAAUUUGCCGGUGAACCUAGUAUUAUGAGGUAUAUUAAGAUUGCAGCAUCGUUGCGUGACAAAACUGUUCGUGAUGUGGCACUGCGAUGCAGGUGGACGACGAGAAAACGAAGGAAACUGGAAGACCAUAAUCUGGGGAAAAAACUGAAAGAUAUGAAGGAUAAAUUGGUGGAAUCAUCCUGGAAGACAAAUAUUUCUUCAGUUUCGCCAUUCAAAGCAGCCGCAUAUUCUUUUGUUAGGAGUCACCGAGACCACAAUGUCUGUGUGCCUUGGGGAGCACUAAGUGACACAACAACGCAUCUCUUGGAACAGAACAACCAAGUUCUUGGUCAAAUCUCAAAUAAUCUCUCUACAUUGAAGGCUCCCUAG